CUCUGCACUCUCACAAACCUAUUUAUUUAAUCUAUUUAUUUAAAUUUUGUCUUAUGAAAAUGUUCCCCUGUGUGAAAGUGUCUGUUCUUCUGGCCGUCAUGGCUCUGUCUCACUCUUCGUCUGCCACAGUGGAGAAGUUGUCCUCCUGCUGUAAACUUGUGAGCACUGAUCCAGUCAAGGAGAAAAUCACUGGAAUUUUACCUCAAAGAAAGAAUGGAGAAUGUGUAGACGCCUAUAUAGUUCAGACAGAGAAGAAUCUGUACUGUGUGUUUCCUGGAGCGUCCUGGGUCAGACCUCAUGUGCAGGCGUUUAGACAAAAACAGGCUAAAGCCAAAGCUCAGGCUCCCACCAAGAAGUCUCUGCUCUCCAUCCUCUCCACCAGAGCUCCUCCCCCUUCAGCUACCUCUGACACAGUGACCUCCUCCACGGUUUGGUCCUCUGACCCAACCUCCAUCUUCUCCUCUAGCACUCCUCCACCCACCUCCACCUCUGACCUCACCUCUGACCCAGCCAGCUCCACCACAGAUAUGUCCUCCUCUGGAUCCUAUAGCUUGACCUCUGACCUGUCCUCUGUUACUGAUGAUGACGUGUCUUCUGGAGAACUCGAUUUCUAUGUCUAGUUUUACAUUAUAUAACAGUCCAGGAAGCACAAUGUAACUUUGAUCUGUCUCUUGAUACUUCGCAGUGACUAGUGUUUGACAUGCAUCUUUAUUGGCAGAAUAUUCAGUAGUUUCCAUGGUGACACAAUGCACACAUUAGCAAACGCAGACAAAAAAGUGUAAAAAAACUCAAGAAAAAAUACAACAUGGACUUAAACAGCACAUGGUCCUGUUUAGGAGUUUGAUUUUCAACAAAAAGGUGAGAGCGACUAACGGAAAAACUGUUGGCUAAUGCUAGCUAGCUUGUGACUGUAAUGUUACUUGAGAGAGACUUAACAGGUUUAUUUGUCUUACAUUUUAGUUUGUCUUUUGUUUAGCCAAAGAUCUCUCUGUGAAGCACUUAUUUUUAAGCAGAAGUAUUUAUUUGAUUAAAUGAAGCAAAACAGUUUUAUUUAUUUCUUGGAU